ACAGAGAGGGCCUGAAUUUCAUUCAUUUGUGUUCUAGCAUUAAGAUAGGAAAAACUUCGAUGGGAAAGCAAGAAUAAUUGAAGUGCUCGGAUUUAAUUUUUCCGUUUUGAUUGUAUACAUAUUUUUUAAGGGAAAGUCAAAACACUAAACUGAGAAUGGUUGAUUUUCAUUUCAAAGUAUACACUAUAAAGUCUCCCUGCCACUGCAGCUUUUUGUAGUGAACAAAUACACGCUGAUGAAUGAUAUAUUUAUAUCUUAGGAACACGGAAACAAUUUUUUUCAUAUUCCGCAAAAUGAAUUUCUCCGCAGUGGAAAAUGUAGAUAUAUUAGACUUCUUUGAGGAUUAUAACUAUACUUAUGACUACCAGGAAAAUUUAGACUGGUUGCCUGUAAAUGAACUUGUGCCUUGUGUGACUUUCUACGUCAUAAUCGGACUGUUGGGGAUUUCCGGGAACGCCCUUGUCAUCGUGGUCAUUUUGGCGUUUCCCAGAAUGAGGAAUAUCACCAACAUGUUCCUCCUCAGCCUGGCCUCAGCAGAUUUGUUGCUUGUACUCAUCUGCGUCCCCAUCAAGUGUGCCACCUACUUUUCCUACACUUGGAGGAUGGGAGCGUUCCUGUGUACUUUUACCCACUACGUACAGAACGUAUCUAUGGUCUGUUCCGUCAUUACUCUCACAGUAAUGAGCAUAGAAAGGUUUAUUGCCAUUAUUUAUCCACUACGCGCCCGGUCAUUGUGCACGGUACGACACUCCAAAUUCGUCAUAGCAGCCGUGUGGAUCCUCUCCUUUAUUUACACCAUGCCAGUUAUCUUUAUCCAGGACCUGCAUGAAGUUGGAAGACGAGUCAAAGCCUAUUGGUGCAUGAAAAAGUAUUCACAACCAGUAUACAGUCUUUUGUUUGAAAUCUACAUGUUUUUCAUUUUGUUUAUUGUUCCCAUGACGAUAAUGUUGUUCACGUACAGUCGUAUAUCCUGCGAGAUUUGGAACGUGACAGCAAGGCGAGCUGCCUUGGCGGGAGGAAGACAAAGAGAAGAAGUGAGCUUAAGAUCAAAUCAAGCGAAUGAGAAUGGUUCCUCUCGACGAUUAGUUAGACGAUCUGUCAAAAAUACCACUAUCAUAGUUUCCGAGGACGCAAAAACAAGAAAACAGGUACUUAACGGUAAUUCAAUGUUGAUGAUCAUCGUGUUUUUCUUUGCCGUUUGCUGGGGACCAAUUCUUCUGAAUAAUCUCCUCGUUGCCGCAAACGUCAUCAGUGAACUGAACACAGGCUUCCUGAAGCCGAUGAGAAUGACCUUUCACCUGAUGUCGUACGCAAACAGCUGUGUGAAUCCCAUAGUGUACGGAAUCAUGUCCAAAAACUUUAAGGACCGCUUGCGGAAGACUUUUUCUAGACGAAUGUCGCGAAAUCAAAGUUUAACAGCAAGCACAUUUCCCAGCAGAAGCUCAACUAUGAGAAAUCAAUACACCAAUUAUCAUAAUUCAAAAGAAAGAUCAGUGCUGUAGAUCUCGCCAUGAGAAAUUUCUAAAUUCCCACAGAAAGUUGGACGGCACUGUAGUCAAAGAUGUGAGAAUUAUAAAAAUUCCCACGAACGAUGGAAAUUGGUGUAAAGUCCAUGUUCGAAAUUUUCUAAAAUCAUUAUUACACAGACUGAUGGGUUUUCCUAUGAUGCUUUUACAAACGUAAUACCUGGGUAUUCAUAUGAAACCAAUGAACAUUACCUGAAUGCCUAGUGUAACAAGUCAAACUUGCUGAAGAAAUCAGGGUUUGUCGACCAACAAUAUGGCAGCCAACGGGAAAUAACUCUUACUUAAAUCACUUCGAUGGAAAAUUAUAAUCCUCGGAAUGCCAGGGGCCCUGAGCCAACUAGUUGAUGUCCCAUGGCACCAAGUCGACUCAGGUCCCUCUGACAUUGCGAGGAUAAAAAAAAACUAUCGAUUGCAGAAAUUUUAUAAUGUUUCUUUUGUUCUAAACAGGCCCAAAGAAGAUAUAAGAUUUUCUUUUUCUAUCUAUUUGUUACAAAUCAUGUUGCAUAUCUGAUUAUUUUCAAGCAAAAAAAAUGUGGUUCUUUCUUAACUAAAUGUAUGAAUUUGAUAACUAAUGAAGAUUUAUGUAGGAAUAACUACAUGUAGUACAACAUUGAAAGUAAACUUAAAACAUAUUAAAUUUAUGAACACUACCAAUUCUUUUUCGUUUCUCUAUGGUUUAUGUCACCCCGAAUGAAAGCAAAGGAGCAGGAGGCAUUGUUCCAACUUAUUUUGCCCGCAUGAUUUCUCACAUAUGGGUUUUGAAACUUUACAUUAGGUAUGCAACAUUCAAAUGGCUACUGUUGCAAUGGAAGAGGAAGGAGAUAAUCUGGGUUGAUAUAUACACUUUUAUUUGCAGUUAUUCUAACAAUGUUGCUAGUUAUGCCCCCGUAAACGAAGUUUUGGGGGUAUAUAGUUUUUGUCGUGUCCGUCUCUGUCUGUCUGGCUUUCACACUUCACAUAUAUAAUCCUUGUGAGAAGACGCUUCAUUGGAUACCAAGAAUUUUGACCUUGACCUUGGAGUUUGACCUUCUUUUAAAAUACAACCUUGACCAUAAUUUUUGAAGGGUUAGGACUAGGGCUUUUAUACAUCACAUUUAAUUAUUGUGACAAGACCUUUUAUUUGAUAUCAAGAAUCUUGACCAUUUGACAUUGACCUUGGAGGAUGACCCAUUUUUACACAAAAAAUCCAAACUUUUACUUUGGCCCUAAUUUUUAAACGGUAGAUACUAGGAAUUUCAUAUUUCAAAUACCAGUUCUUUGUGGAAAGACCUUUCAUUUGAAACCAACAAUUUUGACCUUGACCUUGGAGAUUCCUGUACAUACAAAAAAAAAAUUUACCUUUGGCCAUAACUUUUGAACAGUAAAGGCUAGGGCUUUCAUACUUCACAUAUGUAAUCCUUGUGAGAAGACCUUUCAUUGGAUAUUAACAAGUUUGAC